GAAAACGUUUGAAUAUGGCGUGUCAAGAGGAUCAGGAAAGCUUAACAGUUUGCUCACAGCAAAUAUUCGAACUGCUAAAACUGAACUAUGAAGACAAAGAUGUACAGAAGCAGAGGGAAUUUGUUGAAAAUAUAGUGGACGCUACUUCGGGUAAAAUAGGACAAUUGUAUCCUAUGUUUAAAACGCAUUCUAAAUUACCAAAAGGAAGUUUCUUUCAAGAAACGAAAAUAGAUGAACCAAACGAAUUUGACUUUUUGAAUCCGCUUGCUUUUUCUGAGAACCAAGGAAUUAGAACUGAACUAUAUGAAGGUGCCUUCAAGCUACCGGGUGUAAAGGAUGUCUAUAUAAGAAGAGAGCUUAAGGAAAAACUGUCAACCCCUUGGCGAAAACAUGAUCUACUUAAGAUUGAUAAGUACGGUGGCAUUGAUGUCAAGCUAGAUUCGUAUGAUGACCUGUUGGUUCCAAUUCACAAAGCAAUUUCCGAGGCGCUAACAGAGUUACAUAAAGAAGGAAGACUUGUAUACAAAGGGAUAUGCCAUCUCAAGCGUAUGAGUAAGGAGCUUCUCAAAGAGGGGGAGGUGGAUCCGCGCACGUUAAAGCGUAAUGAAAUCAUGCUUGACAGCAAUGACCUUGGACCGUGUAUCACCAUGGUCGUCGGAGGGCCACUUUGUGUCACAGAUUUCGAUAUGACAUUCUGUAUCGAAGACCAUCGGGAGUCUAGAACGGCUGAAGAGGCUGGGAGAUACUUUGUCCUACCCAGUCUUACGAGGAAUUGGAUACCAACACAUUAUAUGCCUGGGCACAAGGAACUCGAUGAGCAUCACAGAAAGAUCUUGAUGAUUCUGAAAUAA